GUUUUUUUUCUCCCCAAAUUAUCUUUCUUUUUAGUUAGGUUGGCACUUUGAGAAUACAAGCAGUAUGGUUAGUAUUGAGGACCAGGAAAAACAAGCUGGGUUGGAAAAUGUUUAUGAAGAAUCUUUCCAGGAAGAAAAGCCACCCCAAGCUACAAACAUCAUUGAUAAGGUUGGGUUAAGAUUUAAUGCUGAAAUCAGGGGUGUUCAAAGAGUUACUGACGAACAAAAGAAUGAUACCAAUUACUGGAAUGCUUUAACUAUGUUUUUAUCACCAAAUUUGGCUAUUAGUGCAUUUAGUAGUGGAGCUUUAGGACCAUUAGCUUAUGGACUUGAUUUUUGGACCAGUGUACUUUGUAUUAUCUUUCUUUCAGUUAUCGGAGCCCUCCCAGUUGCAUUUUAUUCGGUUUUUGGUCAAAAAUCGGGUCUUAGACAACAAAUUCUUUCAAGAUUUUUCUGUGGGAAUAUUAUGGGAAGAGUUUUCGGUUUAUUCAAUGUUAUAUCAUGUAUUGGGUGGAAUGCGGUCAACAUUAUUCCUGCUGUUCAAUUAUUGGCAUCACUUGGACCUUUACCACCUUGGGCUGGAUGUUUAAUUUUCGUUGUCAUUACUUGUAUACUAGCAUUAUUUGGUUAUAAAACCAUUCAUUAUUAUGAACGUAUUUCUUGGAUACCAAAUUUUAUAAUUUAUCUUAUUAUAAUUGCCCGUUUGACUAAAUCAAAAAAUUUCACUUUUGGUAAGAUGGAAACUGGUACUGCUGAAGCUGGUAAUGUUUUAUCUUAUAUGUCUUUAGUUUUCGGGUUCACUAGUGGUUGGGCUCCUUCAGCUGCUGAUUACUUCGUUUAUAUGGAUACUAGAGUUCCUUCUUGGAAGAUUUUUGUGUGUAUGGUUAUUGGGCUUAGUGUUCCUUGUAUGUUUGCAUUUAUAAUUGGUGUUGCAAGUGCUAUGGGUACUUAUAAUGAUCCAACUUGGGCUUCCGCCUAUGCUGCCAAAUCAAUUGGUGGUUUGGUUUAUCAAAUUUUAGUUCCUAACAGUUUACACGGAUUUGGGAAAUUUUGCUGUGUUGUUUUAUCAUUAUCAGCCAUUGCAAAUAAUUUACCUGGUUCUUAUUCAUUAUCAUUAGCAAUUCAAGCUGUUUGGAGUCCAUUGGCUAAAUUUCCAAGAUUAGGUUGGUGUCUUAUUGGUAAUUUUGUUUCCUUAGGUUUAUCCAUACCUGCUUAUUAUGUAUUUGCCGAUACAAUGUCAAAUUUCUUGAGUAUCAUUAGUUAUAAUGUUUCUAUUUAUUUAGGUAUUUCUUUGGCUGAACAUUUCAUUUAUAGAAAAGGUUUUAAAGGUUAUGAUGUUUCCAACUUCAAUGACCGUAAAACCAUCCCGGUCGGUUUUGCUGGUGUUACAGGAUUUGCAUUUGGGGUUGCAUCAACUGUAUUAUCAAUGAACCAAUCAUGGUACCAUGGGGUAAUUUCUAAAAAAUUUGGGGCUACUGGUGGUGAUAUUUCAUUUGAACUCAAUAUUUUAUUUGCCUUUAUUGGAUAUAAUAUAAUUCGUCCAAUUGAAUUGAAAUACUUUGGACGUUAGUAGAGAUUUAUAUAUUUUUAAUUAUCAAAUUGUCGU